CAGCAAUACAUCUCGGACUCAUUACCGGUGAUUGUUGGCUUGUGGAUGUGAUUCCUGCCGCCCUCAUGUUCUGUUUUAUUUCCUUUUAUUGGCUUCGUUAUUGGUAUUGGCUUUUUUUUUUUCUUUUCUUUUCGAAGCCCCUCUCGCCGCCGCUCAGAGAAAAAAAGGAGAGGACCAAAGUCAAGGACGACCCGAAAAGAGGGGUGCUACGAUGUAUGUACGUAGGCAGGUAUGCAGCUGUGUAUGCGUAUUAUCUGCUUCCUCCGAGCUGGCACGCCUAUUCGCCGUGUAAGAGACAUGGCGGCCAAAAGGACACGAGGUCUAACAACCCUACCGUACGCCUAGGUCGUCACCUUGGGAUCGGAGCGUCAUGGGGCAUGAUGGUGUUGAGUGGACGCGGUAGAUAGGCAUGUUGUGUGUAUAGUACCUAGGUAUCUACUCAUACGUAGGCAGGUAACAGGCCUGCCCCAGACCGGGAGGCAACGGAUGGGUGAUGUACGGUACGUACCUGAGGCAGGCCUGUACUUAGGCUACGUACCUGUACCUCUAGCAACACCCCCUGGCCCCCUUGCUCGACGUUAGACGCUUGGCGGCGUUAAAUGUAUCCAGGUAUCUUGUAUCCAUGUAUCCCGUACCGUCUUGCCUUCCCCCACCCCUGUCCUUAUCCUCAUUUUUGGGGAGCUGUUUGGGUUGUGGACUGGAUGGUGUAGGUACCUUCGUACCGCGAGCCAGGGAAAAAAAUGCCACACCAGGGCACGGAACUAAGGGUACCUACAGCGUUAGCGCAUGUACUGGGAGUUCACUG